CUUGCUAUUUUUGUUUUUUUUUUUGGAUUUCCUUACUCAGAAGUUAAGUUUGGUCGGAGUACUUGUUAACAUGAACUCAUUGGGUAUGGCCACGGAGGCUCGGCAUGAUGGGUAUAGCGAUGACGAUGAUGAUAAGCCUAUAGCGUUCAGGAGAAGUAAUCAUAAUAACGGAGUUUCUGAGGAUGCUAGACCUUUAAGCUCUAUUACUUUCAGGAAUUCCCCUUUGAAUAGGCGGCCAGGUAAAAUCGUUCAAGAUGAGUCAGAUGAUGAUGAGGUUCCAAUAGCGUCAAGGUUGCAAAAGAAGAAUGGUAAACAAAACUCUACUGAUGAAAAGAAUAGUUCCACACUUGAGAACGAAGGGGCGGCGGCCAACAAGGUAUCUGGUAAGAGGCUUCUAGAGAAGGGCAGUUCUGCAGAUCAAUCUUCCAUGAAGAAGCUCAAGUUAUCAUCUUCAUCAACGUCAGUUGCAAUGAAACAAGAUUCUUUGAAAACCGGAAAACAAGGUGAUAAGAGGAAGGCUAAACAAUUGUCUGCCAACGAAGAUGAGACUGACGAUGACGAUGAUGUUCCAAUUGCCAAGAGAAUCAAGUCAUCAAAUUCCUCCAAUAGUAAGAAACCACCUGCAAAGCCUAAAGUAGGAAAACAGAGUUCUACGUCAUCAGCUACUAAGUCCAAAGUGACAAGAAAAGUUUCUCCUCCGUCCAAGACAAGGAGCAACAAGUCCAAGAAAGUGAAUAAGGACUCUAAGUAUGCUAAGUCUUCAAAAUCCUUACCUUCAGGCGAUGGGAAAAAGAAAUGGACUACUUUGGAACACAAUGGUGUCACUUUUCCACCUCCUUAUGAAAUUCAUGGGGUGAAGAUUCUAUAUAAGGGGAAGCCAGUCAAUUUAUCUCCUGAGCAAGAAGAGGUUGCAACGAUGUUUGCUGUGUUGAGGGAGACAAACUAUUAUAGUAGACCUCAAUUUAGGGAGAACUUUUGGAAUGAUUGGCGACAACUACUUGGCAAGAAUCAUGUGAUACAGAAGCUGGAUGAUUGUGACUUUACCCCCAUAUAUGAUUGGCAUUUGGAACAGAAGAAGGUGAAAAAGGCUUCGAGACAGAAGGAGGAGAAAUAUAUGUGGGCUGUGGUGGACGGUGUCAAAGAGAAGGUUGGAAAUUUCAAUGUUGAACCUCCUGGGCUAUUUCGUGGUCGAGGAGAUCAUCCCAAGAUGGGAAAAUUGAAAAAGCGUAUCCAUCCUUGUGACGUUACUCUAAAUCUUGGGAAAGAUGCUCCUAUCCCUGAAUGUCCCAUCCCUGGUGAAAGAUGGAAAGGAGUAACGCAUUACGACACAGUCACCUGGCUAGCUUAUUGGACUGAUCCUAUAAACCAAGGUUUCAAGUAUGUUUCAUUGUCAGCUAGCAGUUCUCUGAAAGGCCAAAGUGAUAAGAAGAAGUACGAGAAAGCCAGGAAGCUUAAGGACCACAUAGACCAUAUAAGAGCAUCAUACACCACAAAUUUUACUGCUAAGGAUGUUUCAAAGCGACAGAUAGCUGUGGCUAUCUAUCUCAUUGAUAAACUAGCACUAAGAGCUGGUAAUGAGAAGGGUGAUGAUGAGGCGGACACAGUUGGUUGUUGUACAUUAAAAGUAGGAAAUGUGGAGUGUGUUCCUCCAAAUAAGUUAAAGUUCGACUUCCUUGGUAAAGAUUCAAUCCAAUAUGUGAAUACGGUGGAGGUUAAACCUGCUGUUUACAAAGCCAUUGGACAGUUCCGGGCUGGUAAAUCCAAUUCAGACGAUCUUUUUGAUGAGUUAGACACACACAAAUUGAAUGCUUAUCUUAAGGAGCUUAUGCCUGACCUCACUGCUAAAGUAUUCCGUACUUACAAUGCAUCCAUCACGCUGGAUACAAUGUUGAGGCAAGAAACCAGAGAUGGUGAUGUUAAGCAGAAAGUAGUAGUUUACCAGCAAGCAAACAAGGAAGUAGCCAUCAUUUGUAAUCACCAGCGCACAGUUUCAAAGUCUCACGGUGCACAAGUCGAGAGAUUGGCUGGAAAAAUAAAAGACCUUAAGGAGGGUCUAAAAGAACUUAAAACCAAUCUGGAGAGAGCUAAAAAGGGAAAAGCUCCAUUGGAAGGCGCAGAUGGAAAGAAGACGAGAAACAUAACUCCAGAAGCGUGGGAGAAGAAGAUAGCUCAACAGAUGAUGAAGAUAGAGAAGAUGGAACGAGACAUGCAGACAAAGGAGGAUUUGAAAACGGUGGCGCUAGGGACGUCUAAGAUCAAUUACAUGGAUCCUAGGAUCACGGUAGCGUGGUGCAAACGCCAUGAAGUACCCAUUGAAAAGAUAUUCAACAAGUCUCUUCUAGAGAAAUUUGCGUGGGCGAUGGACGUAGAACCUGACUUCACAUUCUAAAUCUGCAGCAGCUGCGAGUUUCUCAUACAGAGCAACCAGGCUAGAGGCUACACUAGUCUAUACGUAUUAAAAAAAAAACUAAAAUAAUUGUUUGUAAUUGAUGUUCCUCGUUUCUUAUAUCAGUUAUA